AGUCUACGGCGCCUUCAUCAACGUGCAGGAACAGAACACAGUCACUGAAUGUGAAGGCCUCAAAUCUGUCAGUAACGAUUCCUUGGAAGAAGAUACAUGCGAUAACUCAUGUGAGAUGGAUCCCCACUACGAGUUGUACCACCCCUCCGAGGACGAUUUGGACUAUAUAGAAGGACUCCUGGCAAACUUCGAAAAUGUUAUCAAUGAAAACAUGACUGGCUUAAUUGAAGAUCUUGGAGAGGCUAUUAAUGCAGCCAAAAAUCUUACGAACGGAGCAACUUUACCAACUAUCAAUCCAGUUAAUGCCUCCAUUGUUUCCGAUAUCCCGUCAAUCAUUCCAGCCAAUGCCUCCAUUGUUUCUGAUAUCCCAACUAUCAUUCCACUUGAUUCCUCCAUUGUUUCUGAUAUCCCGUCGAUCAUUCCAGCCAAUGCCUCCAUUGUUUCUGAUAUCCCAACUAUCAUUCCAGUCAAUGCCUCCAUUGUUUCUGAAAUUCCAACUAUCAUUCCACUUAAUGCCUCCAUUGUUUCCGGUAUCCCAUCGAUCAUUCCAGUUAAUGCCUCCACCAUUCCCGGUAUCUCAACCACUAAAGUUACAAAUCUGCCGACUAUUGGUGGUUUUCCAGUGACAGGCCUAAGGGGCAAGCGUGCAGUUUCUCCAAUAUUGACCCCACCUUCACUCAACUCUACCAUCCUACCCACGCUCCCCACCGUCAGUGUGCAGAACACACGUGCUAAUAUAACAGACCAGUCUCCAUACAUGGAAAAGGACAAAGCCUUCCAGCGGUUGCAGUGUAGCUUCAUCUACCAGUACCAAACGAAGCUUGAGGAGCAGACAAAGAAAAACUUCACUUUUGCCACGGAUGUGGGCACGGUGGAUCACUCUAUCAGCGAACUGGUCAAGAGUGUUGGGGACAUGCGGUUCUGCACAAACUUUGAGGCGUGGAAAAAUAAGUCUGUCACCAUUCGUUACAACCUAGUCUGCAGGAAAGAAGUCUACGAGGAUUUACUUGGGAACUACACCGAGAUAAAUAGAGCCUAUAACGAGACCUACAUCAACUGCACUCACGUGGCCGUUUCUUGCGUUUCCGGAGUCUACGAUCUACGGAAUUUGUGGCAGCCUGCAAAAGAAAUCAAUAUGACUGACCAGCGAGUAAAAGCCCUCGUAAACCGUAGCCGCACGUACGACUUGUCGGAUCUCAGGGGGCGCUUCGCCCCCGACCGCGACGUGGUCGAGAAGACGGCGAGGAAACGAGAAGACUUCGUCCAAGUGUGCAGCAUCGACAACGUCCAUUGCAAUUACAAGCAAUUUUACCCGUACACGACGAAGGAUGUGGGAGUUUGCUACACGUUCAACAGCCCACACCUCGUCCUAGAAUCCAGCCCCAACGUCAGCAUUGAUGACCGCAGAAAGAACUUCAAGCCAAGAACUUCGUUCAAAACCGGACCGCAGAGCGGCCUGAGCCUGACGCUGAACCUGCACGCGGCGAGCUACCUGUCGUUGCUGUCGCCCUGGUCGGGGCUGCGCGUGGUGCUGCAUGAGCCUUGGCAGGCGCCCUUCCCGGCCGAUGAAGGCUUCAACCUCGCCGCGGGACUGUCCCACUCCAUCGCCGUAACCAAAACUGUGAUGAGCCGCGUAGGGCCUCCAUACGGACAAUGUGCCGACACCAGCAGCAAGAUGUUCGACUACUCCGAAGCGCUGUGCAAUAAGCUGUGCAUUGAACGCGAGUUCCGGCGUCGGUGCAACUGCACAGUCAACGAGGGCCCCGCCUUCGACUCCCUCGGCGAGGAGGACGAGUUCAAGGCCAAGAAAUUCGGGAAUUGCGAUGCCUUCGACCGCUUUCAGGGUCUGUGUAUGCAAGCAGUGAACUACGAGUCCACCACUGAAGUACUCAACUGUAACUGCGACCCCGCUUGCAAAGAGGUGCGCUACUCGGCUCUCAUAUCGUCCACCGACGUCAACAGGGAGUUUCUCAAAAUUGUCCAGAACAUCAAACAAGUUCCGAUGGGCGGUGACUUGUGCGGGGAAUGGAAUUCUACAGUCCGCCUUCAGAUCUACAUUGACUCUUUCUCAUUCGAAGAAAUUGAUGAAUCUCCAGCCUAUACAUGGGCAACUCUGAUCGCAAACUUGGGCGGCAAUUUGGGCUUCGUGGGCGUGUCGCUGAUCACCUUCUUCGACGUGGUCUACUACUUAUUCGACGUGUUCCUGAUCCUGGUGUGGCCGCGCUGCUACGACGUCUCGGAGGGCGUCACCAAGUCCGUCGCUCCCGUCAAGAAAAUUCCGAAGAAAAUCAUCAUCUUGGCCGGUCCUCCGGAGCAGCUGCCUCACGGCCAGCCAUCCAAGAAGCGCCCGUUGAGGUCAAAAGACAGGUGGACGGAUCGCUUCAACCAGGUCUUCAUGAGCGAGUGAAACCAUGUUCUAUACUCAAAAUUUCUCAGGCUCUAUGUUCUUGUGUAAUUGUGUUUCUUGAAGAAAUCCUCACACGCAAUGGCUUCUUUUAAUGUCAGCACAAAAUAUGAUAAAAUUCACAUCUCUCAUGAAUCUAAGUUGGUAUUAUUCGAAUACAAGUUACUUAGGAACCAUUUUCUGCACUCGCGUUGCGUACUUUUUAUAGGUUAUCAGAAAAUUUCAUAUCUUAACAUUUAUAUCGGUGUGUGCUUUGCUUAUGAAUAUUCAAUUAAUACUGCAAGCGAAUCAUUUUUGGUGUUAUGGUAGAAUACAUAUAUGGAAAUGAAAUUCCACUUAUGAUACUAAAACAAUU